UCGAUCGUUUCCACUUUACGGUAAUUGAUUCUCUAUAUCGUGAAAAUUAAAAACCUUUAUAUAUUUUCACGGUUUCAAAAGAUUAGGUUGGAAUAAACGAGUGAAAAUUCUAGUUUUACUGUUUUGAUUAUGCGCCUAUAAAUUUUCGGCAUUUACAUAUUUUCGAAAUUUACUGCAAUGAAACCAAGCGUUCGAUUGCUUGACGUCACUUCGUGAUCGACAUCGAUGAAACGCUUGCUUACGCUGUAGAUGUUAUUUUCUGUGCAAAUACAAGCGUCUAUUGAAAACGAAACGAUAAUGUGUCAACAAUGAGAAUCAGAUACUUGGCUUAAUAAUUUUCAUUUAAAAUGUCUAAUUUUGAUAUAAUUCGGAAUACAAAACGAAACUUAAAAGUUUUUUUUAAACGUAACAAAGAACAAUAUGGAUUUCAAUAGAAAUACUAUUUCCACCGACAAUCAAGAUUUCCGGUAUGACCACUGUUAUUUUGACGAUUUUUCUAUCGGAUCGUCGGUAAGCGUGACCACAUGUGACAACAGCGAUGCCAGUUGGAAAAUUAGUAGACGUGUUGUUGAACUCGACACAUUGGCCGAAUCGCUUUCAGCAUGCAGUUCUUGCCAAGUGCCCAUGAAUUUAGUUAACACAGUAGGAAGCAGGGAUUUCGGACAGGCAUGUGUUUUGGAAAUACAGUGUAGCAAUUGUGGUGCCAUCAAUAAUGUGGCUUCUGGACGGAAACAUGACAGAGUUUAUGACAUGAACACAAAGCUUGCAUUAGGCAUUCAAAGGACAGUGCAAGAAGUACGAGCGGGACCAACAUACUGUUCAAACAUAGAGGACCAAGAUGUUGAAGUUACAACUUUACCCCCACCUGUACCCAAGCCUGGUCCAGCAGGGCUAGACACUACUGGGAAGGAAUUUGUUUUCUUUGAUUUGGAAACAAGAGGGUUAGAGCGUACUUCUCACAUAAUUCAGAUAGCUGCAGUGCAUUCAACUGGUCAGUUUUCAACAUAUGUGAUGCCUGAGAAGAAGAUGUCCUUGAAAGCGUCAGAAAUAAGUGGAGUGACAGUUGUUGGCGACUCUAUGCUUGUAAAGGGACAUAAAGUAACAGCUGUCCCCAUCAAAUCUGCAUUGACAAGUUUUAUAACAUUCUUACAGAAAUUUUCACCAGAAAUUUUAGUUGGGCAUAACAUAGAGUGUAUUUGAUUGUAAAGUGUUGCUCCAUGCUGUCCAUACUUGUGGAAAAAUGUUUGAGUUUCAGCAAAAUAUUUGUGGCUUUAUAGAUACUUAAAAAUGUUAAAGGAAAUAUUACCAAAUAUAAAAUCAUAUAAGUUAUAAGUCAAGGUGUUACAAGGAAAGUUGCAGGAAGUGGAUUGCAACUUAAACAUUUGAGUAUUGAAUCAAAAAGAAACGGACUGAGUGGUUUGAGGA